GUAAGAUGGAAAAUUCAUUCAAAGUAUUGACUCUCAAAACUCAUUAAACCAUAUAUAUGUAUAACGAUAUGCUCCGUAAUCUAUAGGGAUAUUGUAUCUUUUAGGCCUCAGCCAUGGUCGCCAUUUCAUUUCUUUUCCUUGUGUGUUCCUUUUCCUUUCAUUUGCAUGCAGUAGCUCAACCAAGGAACUCCACUAUACGUUUGGGCUCAUCUUUGACACCCACGACCACCGGCAAAUCCGCAUGGCUAUCCCCUUCUGGUCUCUAUGGCUUUGGGUUUUAUUCCCAAGGUAAGGGCUAUGGUGUUGGGGUUUUCCUUGCUGGAGUUCCUCAAAGGACAGUAGUUUGGACUGCCAACCGAGAUGAUCCUCCUGUUCCAAGCACUGCUAGCUUGGUUCUUACAACCGAUGGAAGGCUCAUUCUUCAGUCACCGCCAAGACGAGAUGUAUACAUCGUCACCGAUGCUUCUCAGAAAAUUGCUGCAGCUUCGAUGCUUGAUACUGGCAAUUUCGUUGUAUACAACUCUGACGAGGACAAGAUAUGGCAGAGCUUCCAAUAUCCAACCACUAGCAUUCUACAAGGACAGCCUCUCUCAGCUGGGAAGGAGCUGGUCUCUAGUGUCUCGGAAACUGACCACUCAACUGGUAUAUUUCGUCUUAAGAUGCAGCAUGAUGGAAACUUGGUACAGUACCCUGUGGACACUCCUGACACAGCACCUUAUUCUUAUUGGUCAUCCUUUACAGAUGGUCAGGGAGAUGACGUGAGCCUGAAUCUCGACAAUGAUGGUCAUUUGUACAUGCUCAAUUCAACAGGCUUCGACAUAAAGGAUCUAACCACAGGAGGGUAUGAUGAUACAAAUAGAACAAUUUAUCUGAUGAAAAUUGAUUCCGAUGGCAUCUUUCGACUCUAUUCUUACAGACUCGAUCGGAACGGCAAUCGAUCAGUUAUAUGGUCAUCUACAUCAGACAAGUGUGCGCCCAAGGGUCUAUGUGGGCUUAAUGGUUAUUGCGUUGAUGUAGAUAGAGAAGCUAAUUGUAUAUGUCUUCCAGGAUUUGCUCCAGUUAUAGAAAGAAAUUUCACUGCUGGCUGCGAGAGGAAUUUCUCCAGCGACAGCUGUAAAAACGGUGAUGGGAAAAUCCAGUAUACCAUUCAGGCAGCUGAAAACACUGUAUGGGAAGAUACUGGAUAUUCUGAGGUGACUUCAACAACCAGAGAAGAAUGUGAGACAGCAUGUUAUGAGGAUUGCAACUGUGAGGCUGCCAUGUUUAAUGAUGGAAAAUGCACGAAGCAAAGGCUUCCUUUGAGAUAUGGGAGAAGGGAUCUUAGCAAUUCAAACAUCGCUUUGAUCAAGGUAGGUAUAUCUUCAUCCAUUAAUGAACCAAGAAAACAUGCUGAUGAACCUAAAGAUGGGAAGGGGAAAGUUCAUACGGAUAUUUUAAUUAUAGGGCUUUCACUGAUUGGUUUUGCAAUCAUGGUGCUAGUAAUUUCUGGGGCUUUGAUUCUUUGGAGUCGUGUUUUCAGAUACAAAAGGUUUUCUACAGACAGCAACAUAAGAUUGUGCGAGAACGUUGCUCCUAUUUCGUUUAGUUUUGCAGAAAUCGAGGCGAUGACUGAUAAUUUCCAGGAAGAAAUCGGGAAAGGAGCAUUUGGGACCGUUUUCAAAGGGACGGUAAUGUUGAAUGGUUUAACAAAAUUUGUGGCAGUGAAGAGAUUGGACAACAUAUCAGACCAAGGCGAACGAGAGUUCCAAAACGAGAUGCGAAUCAUUGGGAGAACUCAUCAUCGAAACUUAGUUCGACUACUAGGAUACUGCCAUGAUGGAGCUAAUAGGCUGUUGAUAUACGAGUACAUGAUCAAUGGAUCACUUUCCGAUGUACUCUUUACACCCGAAAGACGACCUUGUUGGAUCGAUAGGGUGGAAAUCGCUCGCGACGUAGCUCGAGGUCUCCUCUAUCUUCAUGAAGAAUGCGAGACUCAAAUAAUCCAUUGUGACAUCAAGUCUCAGAACAUACUAAUGGACGAAAACGGGCAAGCGAAAAUAUCCGAUUUCGGAUUGGCCAAGUUGCUAAAGCCAGACCAAACCAAGACCUUCACUGGGAUCAGAGGAACAAGGGGGUACGUUGCACCAGAGUGGCACAGGAAACUACCGGUGACAGUGAAAGCAGAUGUUUACAGCUUCGGGAUCGUAUUAUUGGAGAUCAUAUGUUGUCGACGGAGUGUAAAUUGGAGCCUCAAGGACGAAGAAGCUAUCCUUGAAGAAUGGGUCUACGAUUGUUACCAAGCCGGUAAGGUAGGGAAGAUAGCAGGGGAAGAUGAGGAGGUGGAUAUAAAACAACUUGAAAGGAUGGUGAUUGUAGGACUGUGGUGCAUCCUGGAUGAACCAACACUGCGCCCUUCCAUGAAGAAGGUACUGUUGAUGUUGGAAGGGACAGUUGAGAUCCCCAUACCUCCCUGCCCAACUUCAUUUUUAAGUUCUAUUUAGUUGUGUCAUGUAUUUUAGAUAUUAUAUUUGCUUUACAUUUCAUCUUUAUUUUGUAUUUGCUGCUAUUGAUUGUAAUAUUAAAACGACUCAUUGCCGGAUUAUAUGAACUUUCGAACUUGUUAAACAAUAAGGUUUUCACCAUUAGAGGCACAAGCAAA